AAAUCGUAUACUUCGAUUGGAUAUCAAAUAUUAUGAUUAUACAAAGUUCGUAAAUAAGGAAGAAAUUAGCAAUGGUUCUUAUGGAAAUAUUUCUCGUGCAAACUGGAACGAUUCCGAUACCGUUAUGGUUCUAAAAUCAUCUUACGUUUCAGAAAUUAAAGAAAUCGUUAAUGAGAUAAAAAUGCAACGUGAGGUUGAUUAUCAUGAGAAUAUUAUAAAAUUUUAUGGAAUAUCAAAAUUAGAAAUGGAUAAGUAUAUGUUGGUUAUGGAGUACGCUGAUGGUGGAACAUUGCAGUCUUAUUUAGAAGACAAUUUUGAAAAACUUAAAUGGAAUGAUAAAUAUAGAUUAGCCUAUCAACUUGCAAAUGCUGUAGCAUGCAUGCAUAACGAAGGAAUCAUUCAUUGUGAUUUG